AUGAUUCCGCAUUCCGACCAAACGCUGUUUUAUGGUGAAUAUAAAUUAAAACCUUUAGAUGUUCUUCAAUCUUUUAAAAUUGAGGCGAGGAACCACCAUGUGCAUGGUAUAACAAAAUCCAAAGGAAAAUGGAACGAUGAAAAAUUACAAAGGCUCUCAACCUUAGCAUUAGAGUUGGUCGAUUGUCUUGGUGACGAGGAUGCAUUUGAGUCGUUGUUGGUGAUAAAACAGAAUCUGAGUUCUGAACUCACGGAACAAUAUGUUUUACCAAUGAAGAGAAGACACGAAAACAAUGAGGAUGAAAUCCAAGAGAGAAAGAGGCACAUGACUGAUGAAGAACUCGGAGAUAAACUUGAGCCAGAAAAUAAAGAACAUUUAAAUCAAAUUGUGCGACUUGUGGUAGAUAAAAACGAAGCAUUUGGCAAGCUUUAG